AACAAUAUGAGGAGAGUCUUGAUAAACGUGAUAAUAUCAAACAGAAACAGGCAAUGAUUGAUGUGACAAAAACUCGUAGUUUUGCAAAGGAUAGCUUUUAAAAAUUGAGUGGUGGAGCAAUGUUCCAAAAUGUUUGAGCUUGUGCGAAUUUUUGGAAUCUGUUUAUAUUUUGCGUUUGCUUUCAGUCAAGGUGAUGACUUUCCGAUAACAGUAAACCUGACCGACGAUUCUCCCACAUUCACUUGGACCGCGAAUGAUUAUCCUUCAAUAAUAGUUGGAGCUGAAAAUGGGUAUCAAAUACAAGUCAAUGUAACGGUACUGAACUUGGAUGGAGAAAAUGGCGAUUAUAUUACGAUUCAAAGCUCAAAAGAAGACGAGAUUAGCGAUGCGGCCCUUAUGUUCACUUAUACAGUGAAUGACCAGCCAUGCUAUCUGUUCAAUUACAGCGAAAUCCGAGCUGAUUUUAUUGGAGCUACUAAUGAAAUCAACACUUUUGAAAUAAAAUUCAUUCGUGUAGGAGAAGCGAUUACCACUACCCCCGAACCAUUACCAACUACUACCACCCCAGCAAUGCCAACAGCCGCUCCUGAUGAACACGCCAAUCUAACAGUUUAUUUGUAUGGAAGAGCUGCUGCGGACUACAAAUUCACUCAAAUACUCUCACUAAAACAAGCCAUAGUGAGCAUGGGAACUGAGUACUGCAGAGAUCAGAAUUGUCCACUUAACGAAUCGAUAACAACAAAUAAUGUAAAAAUUGAUCUGUUGGAGUCCUGCCCGAUCUAUUGGGAAAACUUCGAUAAUUGUAUCCUUUUAACAUUCGCUCUUCCGAUAAUCAAAAAGGAAAAUGCGAGCGAGCUUUGGGCCGGGUAUCAGCUGGAUAAGGAAAACUUACGAUACAUGUGGAAUAAUUACGCUGAAAGCUACAUCAUGGAAAUCGGUUUGGAGCUCUACAACGUUCCAAAUGUGAUCCAUAUAUACACCUAUCGGUUGAUCGUGAUUUGUGUGGUUGUUGUGCUUUUGGUGAUACUCAUUUUGGGACUCCGAACCAUCAUAGCCCGAAUAAAUAAAAGAAAAAGACGAUCCAGCGACGUGGCAUCCUUUAUGGAUCAAUCAUCUAAUAGACCCAGUCAACUGUCUCUAACUCCUCAUUAUCUGCAAAUAGUGCCGGCUUUAUUCACAACCGAUUUUCCCAUGUAUCCUGAACAACGAAACGACAAACAGUAUGCAGAUUUCCAGGAAAACAGUGUUUCCGAAGAAAUCGAGCCCAUUGCAUCCCCAGAGCUGAGUGUUUUAAGUAUGGCUCCUGAUGAAUCGAAUGAACCUGAGCAUGCAGAAGAGUGACUAAAUAAUUUCCGGAAGCACUUAGUUUAGUUCAAUUUAAUGCUUGAUAAAAGUUACCGUUGAAAUGUUUUUCUUUUACGUAAAAUAAUUAAGUUAAAGUAAAUAAUUAAGAACGAUAAAUAUGUACUCAUUCCAAACUAUUCACGGAAAAAAAUUACUGUUUCAUCAAAAUUAAAAAUAACCCUGCACAGCGUAUUAAA